AUGGAUCCAGCAGACCUACCUACAGUGGUUUAUAAUUUAUCUCAACGAGUGGAUCAGCUCUCUCAAGGGUUAAGGGAGCUACAGAUUCAAAAUGACAACUUAAAAGCUAUUAUCAAGGAUAGCACACCAGAACCUCAGGUAUCUUUACCUGAAAAGUUUUCAGGAGACAGAUCUACAUACAGGCAAUUCAAAAAUGCUUGCAAUCUUCUAUUUCUAAUGAGACCAAAGACUUAUAAUACAGAAAGAAUCAAAGUCAUGACAGUGAUCUCCUUUUUGAGAGGUGAAGCAAGAACUUGGGCAGAUCUACUAUUUGAAAAUGAUGAACCUGUACUAGGAUCUCUUUCAGGAUUUCUUUACUUAAAUGAGCCUUCUAUAUGA